AUGGCCGCCAAUAAUGACGCUGCUGUUGUUUUCAGAUACAGUCUUCUACAGGAUGGAGGAGGAGAUGCCGACCAAAGAGACGCUGCGAGCCAACAUCGAACGGCACUAGGUCGAGCGGCAUGGCUCGAUGCCUUUUGGUUCCCGACACAACAGCGCAAACACCCCCACUACAAGUUUCAGGUAGACGACCAGACCACCAUAUCCAUUGCAGUGAAUUCCGCAGCCAAUAAUAAUGACACCAGUAGUACUAGUAGCAAGGAAACGGACUGGACCAAACUAGUGCAAUCGGCAUUGAAGAAGAUUAUCGUGGAGGACUUGGGAGACUUGGCAGCGCAGGAACUCUGGGAGAACAUUCCCACCGAGGAUUCGGAUGGACGAGGACGCAAUGACCUGGAACAGUUGGAAAAGCAAUUAUCUGUCAAGGUUGUCUUUUUAGAAAAGCAUAUUUUGUUGGUAGGAGCCAAGGCCAAGUUGGAAAAGAAGUGUCUAGUAAUACGGAAUGUCCUCUCUCAUUACUAUUGGAGACUAAAAGGGAAACAAAUCAAUCUGUAA